GAAUAUUGUUUUAUGUUUGUAAAUGUCUUUGGAAUAAAUGGUGUCAAAAUUUCAUGACAAGUGGUGUCUUGAUACUUAGACUAGUGUCCCAUGCUUUGCAUGCCAAUGUCCACGUGGCAUCUCCUCAUCUCUACCCCAUCAAUUUACCUUUCUACCCUCCCUACACUAAUAAUAUCUCCACCUCCAUUCAGAUUUUUAUGAAACUUCAUCUCCCUAUUCAGUAAUAGUUUACUCUCUCAAUUUCUAGAACCCCCAAACAAUGUCUCUCAGAGCUCAAAAGGGUUUCCUCAAAGCCCUAUCAGCUAGGCUCAAAGGGAAGAACUCUCCCUUCAAAGGGAAGAACUCUCCCUUCGGGUCCUCCGCCGCCGCGGACUCACCGGCUGGCGGCGGUUCGGCGCCAGCAAAGGGACAGUUCUUCCCGGUGUACGUGGCGGUCGGGAUGAUCACGCUGGCGGCGGGGUUCGGGAUCCACACCGCCCGCCACCAGCUGAGCCGAUCGCCGAACGUGCACGUGAAGAAGUCGAGGAGGGAGACGGUGCCGGAGGUGGUGGACCCCGCCGCCGUGGCCGGCGACUCCGAGAAGUUCAUCAAGAAGUCCCUCUUCAGGAAGGUUGCUCAUGUGCAGGACAUUGAUCGCCAAGAAGUCAUGUCUGAUCCCAUCCGAGGAGAUGUUUUUGCUAGGGAACCGAAGACAAAGACACUAGAAUCCGUGGGGGUGAAUCCAAAUCCAAAUCCAAAUCCCAAUCCCAAUCCUACAACAACACAACAUUGAACUAACUAAUUGUAACAACAUCGAUAUUUUUCUUCGCAAUUUUUGUUUUUUAAAUUCCUAAGGACAUUUUAGGAAUUUAGGACUUGUAUGUUUG